AUGGGGUCUACAUAUCAAAUAUUAGGAAGAACAUACCAACCACAUCAAUUAGCUUUAGCCACUAUAGGUUUAUUGACUCUUGUAGCUAUGCCAAAUCCUUUUGCAAAGAAACAACCAAAGACUGUGGAUAUUAAGGCUGCUUCUAAAGAAGAAGAACAAUUCAUUAAAGAAUAUUUAGAAAAAUAUCAGACAUAA